UUCCUUAAAAAUAUUUAUCUAAGAAAUAGAAUCACAAAACCCGAGCCGGUCCAUAAUUUAGAGAAAAACGCCUUUUUCAGCACACUCACUCUCAGUGGAAGAGGAAUAAUGGCGCCGAAAGAGGCGAUGGCUGCUGCCGACGGCGGGCCGCCGGAGGUAACUCUGGAGACAUCGAUGGGCCCCUUUACUGUUGAGAUGUACUACCACCAUGCGCCUAGAACCUGCGAGAAUUUCAUAAGGCUCGCUCGCAAAGGCUACUACAACAACGUCAAAUUCCACAGAAUCAUUAAGGAUUUCAUUGUGCAAGGAGGUGACCCUACCGGAACUGGCAGGGGUGGCGAAUCCAUCUAUGGCAAGCACUUUGAUGACGAGAUACACAGGGAGUUGAAGCACACAGGUGCCGGUAUCUUAUCCAUGGCAAAUGCUGGUCCAAAUACUAAUGGAAGCCAAUUUUUUAUAACUUUGGCUCCCGCACCUUCUCUGGAUGGAAAACAUACGAUAUUCGGAAGAGUGUGUAAGGGAAUGGAAAUAAUCAAGAGACUUGGCAGCGUUCAGACUGACAACACCGAUCGGCCUAUUCAUGAUGUAAAGAUACUUCGCGCAAAUGUUAAGGAAUAGCUCUUUACUGCAUCAAGUUUCGAGGGAUUAGCUGCUCACAUCCUUACAUGACUAGUUAACUGUUGAGUCCAGAUAAGUUUCACGAGGGACUUUAUUUUCUCAAGCCUUGAAUUUCCAGUUUGCCCUUCUGUUUGUUGUGACACACACAUUGGAAACUCUCUCUAGUUGAGAACCUAUUUAUUAUAACCAGAGUAAAUCUGGGUCGCGCAGGUACUGAGAAUUUAGUGAACAGAUCAAACCAUUUGCUCAUUUACUGUACGUUUUGAAGGAUCUGCAGUACUAGUGUGGCUUCAUGUUUUGAUACAGAUGGGAAUGGAAUCGAUAUUUCUUAA